UUUGUCCAUUGUCCAAUCUUGUACCAAGAACUUCUCCAGACUUUAGAAAACAAGUUGUGAAUUGUCACGCUGUAAGCAGCCCUUUCGCAAUGCUGUGACGCUAAAGCCGUGUCUCAAUAGCCAUUGCAGAUAUUUUGGAACCACAAUCGAGAGCGCGGAGUGAUAGCUGACCAAGCCAUCUGCAGGCUCAACGGCAAUGACUAAGCUGGAGAUCAAUGUCAAGCAAUCGUUCACUGUGUUGGCAGUGUUUGCAAGACGGAAUAGCAAUUGAGAUGCUGAAAUCAUAUUCAAAAGGCAGCAGAGAAGGCCUGCCUAAGGGGGUCAGUCGCAUGUCGAGAUUGUGUAGCAUCCCAGCGGUAGGUUGUUUGAAGAUGGCACAUUGCAGCGAGUCUCAUGUUUACCACGAAGUAGACCGAGGUGUGUACUUGUCGGCUAGAGGCCCGCUUUUGCGAGUAAUUCCGGCGUCUCCGGUCGAAAAAAAGGCAUUCUUUCAACCAGCAGUGAAGUCGUUCAAUGUAUGUUGCGCAAGCCGUAGCGACACCGAGUCGAAGUAUUCACAGCAAUCUCGAGCAUGCCGGUUUGUAGUGUAUACAGAUAAGAAGUGGUCUAGGACCAUGUCGCUCGGUUGUCCGGCUCUAUCUGGAGUGAAUGUUCAAACUCUGGUGGAUGUCAUCAACACUUUGGUGGGAAACAUUGGCCGCGUGGUUGCUUUUUGAGUUUCGCGUUGUCGACGCGUUUUGACAGAGG